AGGGAUGUUGUAGAUCUCCAUCCUGGAGGUCCUGCCCCCAAAUCUGGGAGAGGUUCGCACGACCCUUUAGACAGAGAGGACAGGAAGACGACUGCAACCCGCAGCGUGGGGAUCUGUUGGGGACCCGUUCAUCCCUGGGCUCUUAGCUUGCAACUGUCCAGGUUCUGAAGCUCUGACCUGGAGGCCAAGUGAAGGAGCGGAAGGGGUGGUUGGUUCCCUACCCACUUACACAGGACAGGUGGUGCAGUGAAUUGUCCCAACCCCAAUUUCUGUCACACUGCUUGAAGCCCCAGGGCCGGCAAUCAUCCCUUCUCCACUCUCUGGACCUCUACUGAAAACUGAAGACCAGAGCAGAUGACUCAGCUGAGCGCCCGAAUGAGAGGGGAAAGAGAGUGCCCAUCCCUUGAGCAAAUAGCCCCAGAAAUCCAUGAUGGUGGCUCACCUGGACAGCUCCUUGACCGGGAUGGGAGAAAUGAAAUGCCUAAGGCAUGGGAGGCUGAAUCUCAAAGCAGAGGGAAGAGUGGAAAUUCUGGGGGAGAGCAGGCGCUGCCUUGACACCCCUCCCCCAAACUAGCUCUCCCUGCACAGGCCUGGAACACACACUCCUGAGAGGCAGCAAGGUGGGAGACGCCAGGUCCCUGAGACCCCCCAAUCCUGUGGAGAAGCCCAUGGAGGCCAGAGCUCGCGACACCCUCCACUGGAGGGCUAGCAGGUUCCUUCUGGACCCGUAGGGCACUGUCCCAGUUCAGCCACCAUGACGCAGGGCUUCACGGUGGGCUUCGACCCUCUGGGCAGGGGGGACCUAAGCUCCAGCUCUCUGAGCUCCCUCUCCUCCCGAGGCCACCUGGGCAGCGACUCGGGCUCCGCAACGCGAUACCUGCUGAGGAAGCAGCAGCGGCUGCUGAAUGGGCCCCCCCGCGGAAUUCGAGCUUCAUCUCCCAUGGGCCGAGUCAUCCUCAUCAACUCCCCCAUUGAAGCCAACAGUGACGAGAGCGACAUCAUCCAUGCGGUCCGAGUGGAGAAGAGCCCAGCCGGGCGGCUGGGGUUCAGUGUGCGGGGAGGCUCUGAGCAUGGCCUGGGCAUCUUCGUCAGCAAGGUGGAGGAGGGGAGCAGUGCAGAGCGGGCUGGGCUGUGCGUGGGAGACAAGAUCACGGAGGUGAACGGGCUGAGCCUGGAGAGCACCACCAUGGGCAGUGCCGUGAAGGUGCUGACGGGCAGCAGCCGCCUGCACAUGAUGGUGAGGCGUAUGGGCCGUGUGCCAGGCAUCAAGUUCUCCAAGGAGAAGACCACGUGGGUGGACGUGGUGAACCGGAGGCUGGUGGUGGAGAAGUGCGGCUCCACGCCCUCCCGCAGCAGCUCAGAGGACGGCGCCAGGCGCAUCGUGCAUCUCUACACGACCUCCGACGACUUCUGCCUGGGGUUCAACAUCCGUGGGGGCAAGGAGUUCGGCCUGGGCAUUUAUGUCUCCAAAGUGGACCACGGCGGACUGGCAGAGGAGAACGGCAUCAAGGUGGGGGACCAGGUCCUGGCGGCCAACGGGGUCAGAUUCGAAGACAUCAGCCACAGCCAGGCCGUGGAAGUGCUCAAGGGCCAAACGCACAUCAUGCUGACCGUCAAGGAGACCGGUCGGUACCCUGCCUACAAGGAGAUGGUUUCUGAGUACUGUUGGCUGGACCGAUUGAGCAACGGGGUGCUGCAGCAGCUGUCCCCCGCCUCCGAGAGCAGCUCCAGCGUCUCCUCAUAUGCCUCCAGCGCCCCCUACAGCUCGACCGAGGGCUCCGGCUCCCUGCCCUCCGACCGCCUGGACGUCUGUCUGGGGUCUGAGGAGCCCGGGAGCCUGAGCCCAGGCUGGGGUCGUGCGGACACGGCCAUGCAGACAGACCCCGACGUGGGGGGCCGCGUGGAGACCUGGUGCAGUGUGCGGCCCACAGUUAUUCUCAGGGACACCGCCAUCCGCUCCGACGGACCCCUGGCUGCCCGCCGCCUGGACUCUGCACUCUCUGAGUCCCCCAAGACAGCUCUGCUGCUGGCCCUCAGCAGACCCAGGCCCCCCAUCACUCGCUCUCAGAGCCACCUGACCUUGUGGGAGGAGAAGAAGCAGCGGAAGAAGGAGAAGUUUGGGCUCUCUGGGGAGAAGGGGGCCCUGCAACGUUCCAAGACCCUGAUGAACCUCUUCUUCAAGGGAGGGCGGCAGGGGCAGCAGACAGCAGACUGGAGCAGAGAGGCCUGGACGCUGGACAGGGGGAGCUCCAGCAAGCCUCGCCCUUGCCUAGACAUGGAGAAAGCAGGUGGAAUGGGGCCUGUGCAGAAGUUUGUCACCUGGAGACUGAGACGUGACCAGGAGAGGAGCCGGGCCCUGCUCUCUGCCAGGUCCGGGAGUCCCUCCAGCCAGCUGCCCAGUGUGGAAGAACGGGUGCAGGCCUGGGAGAGCCGUAGGCCCCUUAUUCAAGACCUGGCCCGGCGGCUGCUCACUGAGGACGAGGUGCUGGCAGUCACCCGCCACUGUGCCCGGUACGUGCACGAGGGUGGUGUGGAGGACCUGGUGAGGCCCCUGCUGGCCAUCCUGGACCGGCCUGCCAAGCUGCUGCUGCUAAGGGACAUCAGGAGCGUGGUGGCCCCCACGGACCUGGGUCGCUUCGACAGCAUGGUGAUGCCCGUCGAACUGGAGGCUUUUGAGGCUCUCAAGAACAGGGCAGUCCGGCCUCCUGCUUUGCGGCCAGCCCGGCAGGACACACCACCCAAGCGGCACCUCAUCACGCCUGUGCCCGACAGCCGCGGAGGCUUCUACCUGCUGCCUGUGAACGGCUUCUCCGAGGAAGAAGGUGAUGGGGAACUGAAGGAGCGACUGGAGGGCCUCCAGGUCUCCCUGGGUGUCUCUGCCCCCCAGCACCCCCAGAAAGGGAUUCCCCCUCUCCAAGACGUGCCAGUAGAUGCCUUCGCCCCACGCCGAAGCGCCUGUACACCCCCUCCCCAGCCACCGCCUGUAGCCCCUCGGCCCCCGAGGCCCAACUGGCUGCUGACAGAGCCCCUGGCCAGGGAAGCCCCUCGUCAGAGCCGGAGCCAGGGCCCGGCCCAGAGCCGCAGCCGCAGCCGCAGCCGCAGCCGGGGGCAGGGCAAGUCCUCUGGGCACAGGCGGUCCCCAUCCCCACUGCCUGUCCCCGGGCCCAGCGCAGCCAAUGGGCACUACCACAAACCCCGCAAGGCCAGGCCCCUGCUGCCCAGACCUCUGGAUGGACAGGUGGCCACGGAGGAGGGCAGCCAGGGGCCCUCUGAGAAUGGGGCUGGCAGGAUGGCUGAGGCCGCCGCCGAGGCGCCGCGUGGGGAGCUGCGGACCAUCGCCCUGUCCAAGAUGAAACCGUCCUUGGGCAUCAGCAUUUCUGGGGGCAUUGAGUCCAAGGUGCAGCCUAUGGUGAAGAUAGAAAAGAUCUUUCCUGGGGGGGCUGCCUUCCUCAGCGGGGAUCUUCAGGCUGGCUUUGAGCUGGUGGCUGUGGAUGGAGAGAGCCUGGAGCAGGUGACCCACCAGCGAGCAGUAGACACCAUCCGUCGGGCCUAUCGUAACAAGGCUCGGGAACCCAUGGAACUGGUGGUCAGGGUCCCUGUGCCCAGCCCACCGUCCUUACCCUCUGGCUCCCCAGCCCUCACUGACCAAUGCUUUCCUGCUGACCAUUCCCCUGCCUCCUGAACAGCUCCCUCUGGCUCCCAGCACCUUCCAGUAAGGGCCAGAUGCUGUCCAUUAUGCCCUUCACACCAAUAUCCAGAGCCUUCCCACUGAGGCCAGCCUCGCCCAGCUGACCUUCACCCAGCCCCCUCUCCUGCCAUCCAGACUCCUGGUACUGACUCUCCCCCUCACGCCAUGACUCUUCCCACUGAACCCAGAUUCUCCCAGUGACGCUCAGAAGCUCCUGCUCUCAGGCCCCUCCCCUCCUCUGACUCUCAAAAUGCCACCUCCCAAAGUUCCACACAGGUGGCUCAGACUACCCCACUGUCUUUUCUCCCCAGUUGUCACUAAGGCUCUGCUCUGUCCAAGCAAACAUGAUGUCCAAGGUCAAGCAGCCAGUGGUGCUCACUGCCCCAGGCACCACAGGACAGGAAGGGGCUGAGAAACCUAAGGUCUGGUGAUUGGAAUGGUGGGGGCUAUCUCCUGAUGCCCUGUCCACUCCCCGGGCACCACAGGAUAUGGACUCUCAGGGCCCUCAAGGGGUCACUGCCUCCAUCCCUUGGCCCCAAGCUGUGCCCUGUGUAACGGGCAGGAUGGAUGCACGGCACAGGCUAUUACUCUAUUUUCUCAGAACUUCAGGUGACUUCCUACUGCCGCCCACCAGGAGCUCAGACAUUCCGCUGU